AUGGCGGCCGGUGGCAUGAGCAGGGAGGCGAGGUGGAGCCUGGCCGGCGCGACGGCGCUCGUCACCGGCGGCAGCAAAGGGAUCGGCCACGCGAUCGUGGAGGAGCUGGCGGGGCACGGGGCGCGGGUACACACGUGCGCCCGGAGCGCGGCGGAGCUGGAGGAGUGCCGCCGCCGGUGGGAGGCCAGGGGCCUCCCGGUCACCGUCUCCGUCUGCGACGUCUCCCUGCGCGCACAGAGGGAGCAGCUCGUGGAGACGGUCAAGCAAGUCUUCGACGCCAAGCUCGACAUACUGGUGAACAACGCGGCGCAGGCUCUUGCCAAGGCGGCAGUGGAGUGCACAUCGGAGGAGUACACGCACCUCAUGGCAACCAACCUAGAGUCGUGCUUCCACCUGAGCCAGCUCGCGCACCCCUUGCUCCUCGGGGCCUCCAUCGCUGGAGGAGGGAGCAUUGUCAACAUAUCCUCCCUUGGGGGCACACUUGGGUUCCCGGGCCUCGCAAUUUACAGUAUGACAAAAGGAGGAAUUAACCAGCUUACAAGGAGCCUUGCUACCGAAUGGGCCCAAAACAAGAUCCGAGUGAAUUGCGUCGCCCCGGGCGCGACCAAGAGUGACAUGUUAAACAGUCUUCCACCGGAAAUUAAAGAGACCGAGUUGGCGAGGACUCCGAUGCGGCGGGCAGGCGAGCCAGAGGAGGUGGCUGCAGUGGUCUCGUUCCUCUGCAUGCCGGCGGCAUCUUUCGUCACCGGCCAAGUCAUCGCUGUCGAUGGUGGUCGAACAAUUAGUGCGUAG